AUGAAAAUAAAGACCCAAGUAAAACAACAUCAAACAACCAGCGGGAGUCCACCAAUAGGGAAGCGAGGAGAGGCACACGUGACCAGCGCCUCGACCAGCCAGUCUCUCCUCCUAAACGGGGCGGCGGGCGGCUGGUGGCAGUUACUCUCACGCUCCUAUUGUGUUGACCUUUAUUGGAGUGUUUUGACGAGUGGCAGCAGAUCCAACACCACCACGGGGCUCUCCUACGCACCAGCCACGCCGAGCACACCAGCACACACCACGCUAACACCUAGUCCCGGCUACAGCACCACAGCCAUCACCGUCACCUGCUGCCCACCAGAGACGCACCACAACUCUUACAGGUAUACAGAGUACUGUAGCAAGGUUCAAGGAGCAAAUAAAGAAAAAAGACACAGCAGGACAGGUUGA